GUUCAGCUUCUGCACAGAUGAUCGCCGCAGUGUGCCAUGAACGGAGUGAUUGCCUAAACGCGGAAAGUUCUUGCUGGUUGUUCCGUGCUCGUUCGUCGUCAUCAUCAUCGUCGUCGUCGUCGUCGUCGUUGUCGUCGUCGUCACCUUGCGUGCUUAGUAUGUUGCGUUUCGACGCCGUGUGAAUCUGUUUUUCCGUGAAAAAUUUUUACGCAAAAGUUAUUUCCGUGUGACGACAGUUUUCUGCACAGCACAGCGGGGUUUUCGAUGUUGGUUUUUGUCAGCUGUCCCCAUCGGUACGGUUGACCGGAGUUUAUCAUCACCCCGUUCGAGAACUGGCCAGUGAAGAGUGCGCGUGUGUGUUGUGUACCUUUGUAAACGGUUCCGGAGCGGAGGUCCUUUUCCGGGUCGUGAUUAUGCGCUCGUAAAAAAAGUGGUCAUCCAUGAUAGCACCCAGCAGUAAACACUCGAUUUUCGGGGAUGAUCAAUGUCGCGCUGGUGGAUGAGAGAACGAUGAGAGACGUUACCGUUACUGAAAGGAUUACCGUCAACCGUCAAUAAACUAUUGGAGCAGAUGUGUGUCACAAAGCAAGCGAUAUACCUCAAUUUCAAAGAAAAAUAAUCGUAGCAAUCGUGGAGUAAACACUCGUACACUUAACUUUUUACUAGGGAAAGUGCCUUACAGUACCGAAAAGCAGGAAUACAACAGAUUUUAACAACAACAACAACAGAUCAACCGAUAGUACAAAACUAUAACGAAAAUCUUUGAUUAAUACAUAAAAACAAACGAAACGAAACAAAAACUGCAAAUCCAAACAGUAGUGAGUAGUGAACUGAAAGGUGGAUUAACCAUUUGUUGUAAUCGAUCGAAGAGAAGAAAAAAACCAGCAAAGUUGGAGCCGACAGUGAGAUUCAGCGGAACCGAUUUGUUGCCUAAAUUCAGCAACAAAUCAUUGGCCCUUGUAGGCCCACCACCGCCACCACCGCCGCCACUGGCAUCAGUUCAGCUUUUUUCGCCGUCGCCUUCGCAAGCGCAGUCGGAGGACACGCGAAAGGCGACCAUCAAGAUGGAACCAGGUAAUGACUGGCAUCAGCACGACAAUACAAGCCAUCAAUUUGCAAUCACUGAAGAAAACCAAGCCCAGCAGUACGGCGAAGUGAACCAGCUGGGCGGAGUGUUCGUCAAUGGGCGUCCACUUCCGAACAGCACCCGGAUGCGAAUCGUCGAAUUGGCCCGGCUUGGAAUCCGGCCGUGUGACAUUUCCCGGCAGCUUCGUGUCAGCCACGGUUGUGUCUCGAAAAUCCUCGCCCGAUAUCACGAAACCGGUUCGAUACUGCCGGGUGCCAUUGGAGGUUCCAAGCCACGUGUGACCACACCGAAGGUGGUGACGUACAUCCGCGAACUGAAACAGAAAGAUCCCGGUAUAUUUGCGUGGGAAAUCCGAGACCGGUUGCUGUCGGAUGGUGUUUGCGACAAGAACAACGUGCCUAGCGUUAGCUCAAUCUCGAGGAUCUUGCGAAACAAGCUGGGAAAUAUUACGCACCAUCACAGCGGUAGCCAUACGCCGCACACCACCCACCUGUACAACUCCAUCUAUCCCUCCUAUCCGUACACGACCAACUCGCUCAAAUCGGAAAUCUCCUGCGGAGGCAGUCCGUCACCACCGACCGGAGUGACACCGAUGCGAUCACCUCACCACCAUCACCACUGCUGGCCAUCGUCCCACUCGGUAACGGACAUCCUGGCGAACGUGCACCACCAGGCAGCAGUUGCUGCCCUGCGGAACGGCGGAAAUCCCGGAUCGCAGUGCCACACGACGCCACCGCCACCCUCGCUCGGUUCCGUCGUGCCCAACAUGGCCGGCAACAUGCAACACCAGAUGCAGGACACCACCCACCAUCAGUCGCCCCCCAAUUCGUACAACUACUACAUGUAUCUGCAGAGUGGCGGCAUGCACCACGGGGGACUGGCCAGUGCCAGCGGUUUAUAGGAGGGAUCGCCAUGGCCUCCCAUGAUGGCUACCCAGACAAGUGUGCUAUUCUAGGCGGGAAGCAGCAGCAGACCCUGGUUCAGUUAGUGUAGAUAAGCGUUUAGUUUCCUCCGAUUUCUUGUGUUAAGAAAAAAAAACAGAAGUAUCACGAGAGAGCUGGUUAAAAUGAACUGUUUUGUUCCGAGAAAGGUGUGGACUUGAUGAAGUGAUGGUGAGCGAAAGAGGAUCAGAAUGAGCGAGAUCCUGAAUGAGACGAAGUGUAAAACCAGUGCAAUAUAUUGAACAUUAAUGUCCAGUUGUUUGAAGCCGAAUUGUUUUAGUAGCUACGUUUCGUUUAGAAAAAAAAACAAACAAUCUAGUUGGCCACGGCUAAAGCUGUGAGCGAGUCGCAACUCGUCCAUCUCUACUGGAACUGUCAGUUUUACUCGUUUGUUUAAGGAAUUUAAGAUCCAGUGAUUGUUGGAUUCGAAACUACAAUUCAAAUACGCUGAAAAUGAGUAUCGUUUAGCAGAAAACCUUUCAAUGUAGUUUCAACGAUUUGUGUACUAAAGACAAGUCAAACAAUUUCUGUCGACAAAAAAAUUGUCAAUCUGCGAAUUUCUCAAAUGUUUCUAGCAUUAUACGCGAACUACUCCCAAUUAUUAGAAACAUCAACAUAUUUUCUAUUUUUUAUUUUAUUCUUAUAUGGUACACGUAAACGUCAUCUCGAGCUUCGAAAAAAAUCUUAUGAUUUAUCAUCUUAUAAGAUGUACAUAAAUAGAGCGUCAAAGUUUACUCGAAUUUUAGGUGGAACAACACGUAACAUUGUGGGAUUGGGAAAUUCCAUGACAUGAAAUUCAUUGGAAUAGAAAAAAAAUAUUGAUAGCGAUGUUAUCGACGGAGCCACAAAAAGAACACAAUUCAUAUAGUCUCACUUGCUAGCCAAAUGAAAAUUAUAAUUCAUGAUAAUCCAACAUUAAAUCAUAACAAACGGAAUUGUCCGUCAUUUGAUCAAUAAGGUCUUUAUGAAUUCUUUAUUCUCAUCACAGUAGUUGACAUUUCGAUUUAAGGCUGUCACCUCGGUGGAAUUUCUUAUGGGGAAUCAUUAAAAUCAGAGCGGUUCCGUUUGGUGAAAAUUUCGGCUGCCUUCAGAAAACUAGUUGAAUUCGGGAAGUUUUCGAAACCGGUUUGGCAGAAUUGUGUCAUUCGUUUGUCCGCAAUAUCAUCAAACCGGACAGCCUUACCUGGCGGGAUUCCGGCUAAAAAAAAACGGUAACAACCAACAGGCGAAAAUGCCUAGCGAAAAUGUCCAUUUCAUUGUUGCCAGCUUAUUACCGGAAUUUUGUCCGAUUGUUAAAUUUUUUUUAGACAUUUCCGGUCGUCUGAGUGGGUGAAAAAUUUUCAUUCAGAAUUUCAUGUGGAAUUCAGUAAGUAAGUCGAAUCAUUGCGGACCCAGUACAACAACCAAUUCCGAAUAAAUUUCGCCUGCAACCGAUUGGUUCGAAAAUCAGAUGAAAUUGAAGAAGAAAAUUCGACCUGAAUUGUCAAUUCGUUUUACACGUUUUCGUACUGACUUUUUGUUGAAAUAACAAUUUCAUAUAGCUGAAUAUUUAAAUAUAAAUCUUCAAGUUUUUCGGGAAUAUGAAAGGAAUUACGGCUGUCUGCAGAACCCUAGCUAGGUGCCUGAAUCUGUUGGAAAUGGAAGAGAAUUUUUUAAACGCCCCGCAGAAAUUUAUUUUAAACCGACCUUCGUCAUCCAAUCCAUAUUCUCUUGAAUUUUUCUUUAAAGUACUUUUCAACGAUUCUUAAAACAUAAAAAACAGAAUUUUAAACUAUCAACUGAAAAACCUACAAAUUGAAAUAGUCUUGAGUCACACUAAGAGAAUUUUGGGCGUUUUUUGGCAUCGCUGCUUUAAAUGACGUUUGAAAUUCUACCCACUUGUAUGCGGCGGGCAGAUUUUUUCCUCAGACGGCUGGCUAUGUCUGCCAGAAUUCCGGUAAAAGUCUGGCAACAAUGCAACAACCGUAUCCGGCAGAGAAUUUCGCCUAGCGGUUAUUAACGGUUCUGUUCUGUCGGAUUCUUGCCAUACAAGAUUGGCAAAACCGUUUUGAAUCGGUUCUAGAUUUUUAGCGUAUUGGUUUUAUUUUCUCAAUAAAAGGUACAUAUGAAAAGCAAUAAGUUAUUGCCCUUCAUAUAUACUAAUCAUGGAAAAUGUUAUUGUCAAUAGCAUUGCUUUCUCACUACCAAACAAUAUCAUAUUUCAAUCUCAUUUAGCUCGUCUCAAGAUUCGUUUUUUACGUACAUGCGGGAUUGACGAAUAUCAAAUAAAGUCGAAUGAAAAAAGAAAAGGAAGGAAAUAAACAAGACACGUACGGCGGGAUAAUGAUGCAAUUUCGCCUGGACAAUUUUGACAGCAGCCGGAAUGCAGCCAGCCUUCUGACGGUUGCCAGAAUUCCUCACAAGCGGGUAAACGCACUUCUCACGUUUAAGAAAAUUUCCUCGAAAAUGAGUAAAUACUAAAGUGCAGAAAAAGUGAAACAAAACUGAUCAUUCUGAAUAAAAAAUGGUUGCCCAUUCGAAUUUGAUUCGGAAUUCAUUACGAACUUGUAAUGCGGGUUACCUUGUAAUUUCCUCCUCACUGUUUCAGCGUCCGAUAUUUUCUGCAUUCUAGUUAAAGUUUCGAAUUUAAACAGUGAGACAAAAAUACGCAAUCUAACUAACAAAAAAAUUAAGACUGUUGCCACAAAUGGUUAUUACAACUUUUAGACUGAUCUCUCGAGCUCUUACGUUAAACUCAGUUAAACUUAGAGUAAGAGUGAUUCAUUAUCCAUUGAUGGCAACUACUCAAUUUUUGACGUUUCCAUUUAUCAUUUGAAAUUGAUUAACUUGAGUACUCGAAUUCAAAGUAACUUUUUAUAAGCGUACGGAAGUCAGAUUCGGACAAGAUUCAAUAUCUCUCCAUGGGACCGAAAAACUUUUGUGAUGAUUUCAUCUGUGAAAAAAACAGUUCAGCCAUCUCCGAGAAAAUAUCUCGCGUUUUUUUGUGAUAACGGCCAAUAAGCCACCUAUCAACUUUGAAGAGGAAUUCCGAAAGAUUCGGUAAUCUCUGGGAUUAAGUUAUAAGAGUAAACGAAAGAGAAAAUGUUUCAUUUGAAAAUUUUUUCUAGCUCAUCCGAAAUUUCUUUCAAAUUGGAUAUUGAAGGGCCGCUAUCACAAAAACGCGUAUUAUUUUGAGUUUCGUUCGGAAAUUUAUGGUGACUUUCUUCGGCACACUUGGGGGUGUCGUAAUAUCGAUCGAUUAAUCGAUUAAUAGCCCAGAUAAUCGAGUAAUAUUUAAUCGAUUAAUUUGAAACUAAUAUUCGAUUACUGAACAAAUCGAAUAAUAUGAAAAAUUCAAAAGUAAUAAUCGAUUAAUAACCCAGAUUAAAAUUUAAUUGAGUAGUUUUGAUAUUAUACUCGAUUAUUGAAUAAACGAGUAAUUCGAAAAAUCUGACAUCCCUAGCUGCACAAUCAAAGAGUUUAAGUGAGCAAUGACAUAUGUCACCCCAGACGGGCUGCCAGAGGCAGAGCCGUUUUGAACCGGCUUCAUAUUUUAAGCGCCUUUGGUUUUAUUUUGUCAAUAAGAAGUGUAUAUGAAGGAUAAUAACAUUGUUCUAAAAAUUAUCUAUUCUUCAGCUCUCAAAAUACCCAUACAUCAAUCUCAUUUAACUCGUCGCAAAAUUCGUUUUCAUUUCUGUUUAUACAUGCAGGGUUGACAAACAGCGAUGCUUAUAGUAGGAGUGUCAUUUCCGUAGAAUGGCAUUUUUCUCGGAAGCUCUCGCGGCGGAAAACUUUUUUUUUCGUUCGUCAGACAAAACAAAAGUUCCCGUAGUUCUCCGUUGAUAAAUUCAAAUUCCCGUAGGUCCGAAGAAAAUCUUCGGAUCCAUAGAUCUAACAUCGCUGUUGACGAAUAUCAAAUGGAGUCGAACAAAAAACGAAGAAAAAGCUAAGUAAACAAGACACGUACGGCGAGAGAAUGACGCAAUUCCGCCUGGGCAAUUUUGACCGCAGAGAUACAAAUUUCCAACAUCUUCAGACAGGGUUGCAAAAGUCUGUAAAUCCGAUAAAAUAUCUGAUUACUCUGUGAAGUAUGAAUCACAAAACCGGUUUGAUAAGCAAAAAAGCGUCAUGUCCAUUUCAAAAGUCUGUAAAUUUUGACGAAAUUCUGCGAAAAACUCGAUUUUCAAAAGUCUUCAACAGAAACCGUCUGCAGCACUACAUAAGAAUCCGCAGAUUUGCAGACAAAUCUGCAGACCAGGCAUCUCUGAUUUUGAUCGCAGCUGCAAUUGCCUUUUCUGACAGCUCACUUGCAAUCACAAAUACAAAGGAAAUUGGUUCGUUUUCAUCAGGAAACGGCAGCAUUAAACACGAUUCAGACGAUCAAUCAACUUCGGUCGACGUCAAGAUUAAUUUAAUAUUUUUUUUAGCCGAAUAUUACUCACGUACCCGACGUCAAAAUGUUCCGUGAACUUAACGUUGUGUCCCUUCAUAUGAAUUGAAUGUGUGAAUCCCUAUUACAAAUUAUUUUUGUUUUCAUCACGAAAUAUAUUGGCCACCAAUUUUUCACUAGGUUCAUCGAUCAUUUUUGUACCGGGCAUAGAAACCUCAAUGCAGCCAGGCUUCUGCCGGUUGCCAGAAUUCCUUACAAGCCUGGCUGUUGCCAGAACCUUUUUAUUACACUUCACCUGGGAAAGAAACCGUACCAAACAGGUAGACAAAUUUUAGUUGAUUUAAUCGACAAAUGACUAGAAUUUUUUCUCAAAUUUAAGAAGAACUAAUUGAUGUUUUUGAACAAUGCGAAAAUAUUGAUUUUGAAACUUAACUAUUCAUAAUAAAUUUUUAUUGAAAAUCUCAAUCAGCCCGGAAACCUUGACGUCAAUUUCAUUCGCUUUUCGCACUCAAUCCGACAGAUUUCUGAUUCAAUCGGUUGGAUUGAUCCGAGAAAUUUUUUUCUUCCGGUUAUUGCACUAAUGUCCGCUUCCAUUAUUCGGAAUUCAUAUUGUAUUCCACACAAAAUUUUGAAGAAAAAUUCAACCGAUUCGCCUCGAUUUGUACAGCAUUCCGAACUAGAUCUGGAAAGUGAGCUCUCAGAUCUGAUUCGACAUUCAUUUCGAACAGAAUAAUUUGGUCUAAUCUUCUCACUUAAAAUAAUUACCCCUUGAAAAACUGUAUAUUUGGUUUGACUUGAGUGUGUACUUCAGCAAUUAUUCUUUCGAAAAGUUCAUUUCGUCAUGAAAUACUUUGUAAUACACAGAAAUAUGAAUCUCAUUUCAACUAGAUUGAAAAGUAACAUACUUACGAUAACUCAUUUCCACCUGUAGUUGUAUGAAGCGAAAUUUGAACAAGCAAUUGUCAGAAAGUUGUUGAGAAAAAAGGUAAACAGUAUUCGAACCCAGUAGGGAUGCUUCGUCAGCGAAUCACGCAACUGUCACGAAUCAAACACUACACCCAACUAGAGGUCGUAGUUUGCCAUGGAAGAAAAAACUCGCAGUUUUCGUUCUGUCAUUAAAAAAUAAAAACCAGAAACAGAUUCUGAAAACCAUGAAAAAUGUGCACACAUCCAAAACUGUAAAUUCAGAAACAAUCGAAAUAUAUUAAAACCAGUUUAACAACAAAAAACAACAGACAGUACAAAAUAAAAUGAUAACAAAUGUAGAGGGGGGUGUGAGAAUUUGAAACAACAAAACACAUUCAUAUUUUCGACUUUAUACUGUAAUAAUGCAUGCCCUAAACUCACCACAGAUUAGUAGCGAAAAUCGUAGCUCAAAUGGUUGUAAUAAUGCAAAAGAAAAAUGAAACGAUAAUCGAACAACUCACAAAAUCACAACACUUCUGUUUCGGGAAGAACUAAAAGCAAGUACAACAAACCUAUAUCAUAUGUUAAAACAAAAAAAAACGAAAAGAAAUUUAGUGGCAAGUAGAGAGCCGAGCAAGAAAAGUUUAAAUCAAGAAAAAAAGCAAUAUUUUACUGAAAUUACAAGUAAA